AAGGAGGAGAGGAGUCAGCAGCCGCUAGAUGAAAAUGGCGGAGACCGUACGCUCGUUAUUCGACUACCGAGAGCCGCCGACACUGGACAGCGAUGGAGAGGGCAGCAAGCCACAACCUCCGCGAGGACGUGGCUGUGGAAGGAAAAGGAAAGGGACCCCAGUGAAAGUGUGUGAUCGUGUUUUUGCCACAGAGGAUGAUGAAGAGAGCACCUCAGAGCACAGUUAUUGCCCAGGUGAAGGUCAGUACCAGGGAGCAGAAGGGGGCAGGCACAAACUCCCCGCUCCAGAGGGCCCGUACUAUAUAGCAGACUCCGGACAGCUCUGUGUGUCUGAACAGGGAGAGGAGGGGGACAGUGGUGCGCGGGGGCCUGUUCUCUACCCCUCCACCCCUAACUGCCGCAUCCGGGAGGUGCAUUGUGGGAAUCAGGUGCGGCUUGUCGUCAUAGCCAUCCGCGACAUCACUAAGGGAGAGGAGAUAACGGUGGACUACAGUCUGACUGAAUGGGGCGAGAACGCAAUGGGUUUCCAUGGCACCGUGCCUCCGGCCGGCUUCGAGUGUAACUCUGACCCUGAGAAUGGUAUCAAGAAGGAGGAUGAGGCUGGGCAGGUGCCGGUCUCCGUCUCUGAUUACCUCACUCCAUCCUGGUCCCUCUCUCCGUCUUCGUCUCCACUGUCGCACUCCGACGGCAGCGACUCUGACUGUGAGGAAGACGAGGACGAGGAGGGUGCCAACGGCUCAGGCCAGAGGGGCCGUGCCCAGCACCGCCACAAGAAGCGCCGGCCGAACCCCUCACUGGCCCUGGCUUCCGCCUGCCCCAAGAAGAAGCCCCCGCAGCCGCGGCCUCCGGGCCGCCCGCCCGGCUGCUCAGCCACGGCCUCUGCGUCUUCGGCGGCCUCUGGCAUUCCCCGCUCGCUGCCGUCCUCUCCGCCGCAGCCACCUCAGCCGUCACGCCCGCUCUUCAAGUGUCCAGCGCCGGCUGUGGGUGCCAGCGGGGUCCACCUGCGCAUCCCCAUGCCCUACAAGCAGUGCUGCGUGUACUGUGGCCGCCACUUCCGCUCACUGCAGCGCCACCUGGACAAGCACCAUACCCACCAGCCGGACGUGCGGGCGGCCCUGGAGCGCGCCCACGCCCAGCCGCACCCCUCGGCACACCCCACGCACCUCCACGCCUCCCUGCCUUCCUCCUCCUCCUCCUCUUCGUCUUACGCCCGAGACGGCCCUGCUGCCGGCGGAGGAGCGACGGCCCUGGUGAUCCCGUCAGCCCCGCCUAGACACGCCCCUUCUCCCAAUUCCAGGAGGAGCCCCGCCUUGUCCCCUGGGCCCCGCAAGAGCCCGGCCCCGAUAGUGACAACUCCACCCAGGAGGGGCGGGGUCCCAGUGUCUGUGUUGAAGAGGAGCCCACCCAUGCAGGUGGUGAGCCCACCCAGGAAGGCAGGACGGAAGGUGAAGAAGGAGAGAGAGGAGGAGGUGGAGGAGGCCGAGAGGAGGCCCAAGGAGGAGGAGGUGCCCACACCCAUCUACAUGGAGCACAAGGAGGUGCUGGAGAUGCAGCAGCAGCAACAAGCCUCUCAGCCACGCCCACUCCCAGCGGUCACUCCAGAUGAGGAUGAGGACGACGAGAACGGCAUGGGCGACUACGACAGCGGAGCUGAUGAUAAGAAGGAUAUCAUGAGUUCCAGGCGGCCCCACAUCAUGCCUCUGCUCUCGUCCCUGUCGUCUCUGGUGCUGUACCUGCGCAGGCUGCAGCACUCGGCCUUCAUCUCACUGUCUCGCUCACCACAGUCGGCCGAGGCCUGGCGCCUGUUGUGCCACUCCAGCCUGGCGCUGCUCAUCCUCUACAACCGCCGGCGUGAGUGCGAGGUCUCCAAGCUCACCAUCAAUGAGUACCAGUCGCGCAUCACACCGCAGUGCCCCGUCCCGGUGCCCCCCGGCGCGCCGCCGGCCCUCACGCCGCUGGAGGCCUCGCUCUCUCCGUUCGAGCGCCUGGUGCUGCCCCACCUGCCACGCGUGGGCGUGCAGGGCAAGCGCGGCCGCGUGCAGCCACUCAUCCUGCCGCCACACUCGGAGGCGUGCCUGGACAUGCUGCUGCAGACGCGGCCCGGUGUGGGCGUGGACCCGCUCAACCCGUUCGUCUUCGCCCGGCCAUACCACUCUCCGGCGACGCCGCUGCGCGGCACCGACCUGCUGCGGAGCCUGGCGCGCUCCAGUGGCACGCGCAACCCACGCGCCCUCACGCAGACACGCGUGCGCCGGCAGGUGGCCAUCCUCACGCAGCUGCUGCUGCUGGCCGAGGCCGAGGAGGAGGCGCAGAAGGGCGCCGCCGUGCAGCGCCUGGAGGGCUUCCUGCACCGCGAGUACCACGUCACCCAGAGCUGCGCCGGCAUCAGCCAGGACCCAGGCCUGAUGGGGCUCAUCGGCCGCGUGGUGCUCUGCGGCGAGAGAGACGGCGUGCUCUUCCGCGGGAUGAGCCUGCACCACAUCUGCCUCGAGCUGGACGUGAUGUCAGCAAACUCUGGGGACUCAUUUUCAGAGGAGUCUGACAGCGAGCAAGGGAAGGAGAAGAUGGUGUCAGUGACCCCGGCGGCCAUGAUUAUGAUGAAGAAGGGCUCGCCCAACGGCAAGUCCCCGCGUCCCAAGAAGAUGAACGGAGCGUCGCCGUUCUCUCCCGGCCGCAAGAGAGGCUCUGGCCAGCCCAAACCAGGGAAACGUGGUGUGCUGAAGCGGCCGUGGUCGGAGGCAGAGAGGGCAGCCGUGGAGUCACACCUGACGCGGAACAUCGCUGAGCUGCGCGUGCCUGCCAAGGCUGACUGUGAGCGCUGCCUGGAGCUCUGCCCCCUGUUGGUGAGCAACCGGCGGGACUGGAGGGCCAUCAAGUUCUACUGCCACAACCGCAUCCAGCUGCUCAAGAAGACCCGGCAGAGAGAGGGCAACAGCUCUGACCCCCUGCCCAUCUGCUAAGAAGAGAGAGAGAGAGAGAGAGAGAGAGAGAGAGAGAGAGAGAGUGUGUCCUACAGAGUAAGGGAGGAAAAAUCAUCCUGAGGGAUGAGAGUUGUUAAAAAGAUAUCGUUAACUAACACUUUUUUUUUCACAUGAUGGGUAGUUUGAGUGGCCAAAGAUUCUGCCUCCGUUUUCGUAAUUGUACGGUACACAGAAUGGUACUUCAGGGUCUCAUAGUUAUUUUGAGACCGCUUAGGACUCCAGAAAGCUGACAGUUGCAACAAAGAAAAUAUAAGUGACGCUUUGUGCUACAUGUUUUUACUAAAAAACCUCCUAAUAUGUUCCUUUUUCGAGUCUUAUGUAGAGGAUUUUUUGACGGAGGCAGUAGCUGCUCUCUUUAUUUUGGUGUUUGUUGAAACUGUGCUGCUCCUGGCUGUUGGGAGUGUUGGCUAGGAGAAUCUGGUCUGACACAGGCCUCUGACGCAGAGACCAAAGGACUCAAAUCACAGGCACAAUCGUGUGAAGAUGAAGGAUUGUCGAUAAAGAGGAGGAAGUGGAGGAGCUGAAAGAUGAAUGUUGACCACUUUUGAGAUGAACCACAGAAAGACACUACUUAUCAAUCACUCACUCUUCUUUGGAGUGUCUGGGCAGCCCAAAGGUUUGCCAAAUGGCUUUGAAAAUGUUAUGUGUCACCAAGUGUAUGUAUACUACAGAUUGAUCUUUGCGUUCUUAUCAUUCUAUGUAAUGGUUUUUUUUUUCAAGUGGCCAGUGUAGCUUAUAUAUAACUGUUGUGGACAGCUACUUCCUGUGGUGUACAAAUGGAUGUGCUAGUGGACAUAUUUGCUGAACUUCAAGCCCUAAGGGCCCUCAAGACCAUGAGGUCAUCACAAGGUCACAAUCACUUCACCCAUAUCGAACACGUAGCUUAGCCACACAUCUCAGCCUCAGAUACUUGAAGUUAUUUAACAGUUCAUGCCUUCUGUUACUACACACGGUUUUCAGUCUCUCUGCUAGUUGCAUUGUAUAUAUAGAUAUACUAUUAUAAUUAUAAUUAUUAUUAUUGCUAUUAUCACCAUAAUUAUUACUAUUUAAACUGGUUGUGUUUUUAUCGAAAUAUCUCUCCAUUAAGCUGUACGUGUACAUAAGGUUUUGUAAAUAAUACAACAGACAUGCAAAGAUGACGACGAUGAAACACACUGUAUAGACAUAUGCUUCGAUUAUUUGUGUUCAAUGGUGUUUUUCUUUUUUUACUGGUCUGUAAUAAAAGUAACUUUGUUUUUGCAAA